AUGUCAACUUUGAUGGUGUUCAGCCACUGUGUUCUUUGGGCCCAGGAUUUGAAUGUGAUUGAAGAAGUCAUUCGAAUGAUGUUAGAAAUAAUCAACUCCUGCUUAACAAAUUCCCUCCAUCAUAACCCCAAUUUAGUGUAUGCCCUGCUAUACAAGCGGGAUCUCUUUGAGCAAUUUCGAAGUCACCCCUCUUUCCAGGAUAUAAUGCAGAACAUAGAUCUGGUGAUCAGCUUCUUUAGCUCACGGAUCGACCAUCCUGGAGCUGCGCUGUCAGUGGAACGGGUACUCGAAAUUAUCAAGCAGGGAGCUGUCGCCCUACCCAAAGCCAGGCUCCGGAAAUUCCCAGAGCUGAAGUUCAAGUACGUGGAGGAGGAACAGCCCGAAGAGUUCUUCAUCCCGUAUGUUUGGUCUCUUGUCUACAACUCGGCCGUGGCUCUUUACUGGAACCCGCAAGAUAUCCAGCUUUUCACGAGGGAUUCGGACUGAAACCCCAAAAAGGAAAUGCAAACCUACCUUACCAGCCCCUGCGCUAAAAACGAGUCCUUCCCAGCUGAGAUUUCCUUAGAAGGAUACUUGUAACUAUUGUACAGCCCCACUUAUUAUUUUCCUGGGAGCAUGUUAGAAGCCAGAGAACAUCACAUGGACUCCAUUAAUAUUGUAUGCUAAUUUUUAAUCUAUCUGUUUGUAAAGCCAAGAGAUGGGAUUGUUGUUGUUUUUUUCCUAUCAACACGGGCAGAUGGGUUGGAAGAACUCGACAUGAGGUGAGAUAUUAACAGCAAUCAGCUUUUGGGGGAAAAACACAAAAUAAUGUAAACGAAAUAUAUUUUGGAUUUUUUGGGGAAGUCAGCCUUUGCUAGUUGAUUUUCUUCCUGUCUUCUCUAAGCAUAUCUGCAAAAGCCUUUGAGGUUUUGCUGUGGGCUUCCAACACAAUCUUUGCAGCCUUGGUACCUUUUCACACUGGGUGUAACUGAAAUGUCUAAAUUAAUAUUGUGGCAUUGAUUUUUUUUUUAAAAAUGCUUCAUUUUGGAAGGCACUAAAACGACCACUUCUCACUCUGCAAAUCUAAAAAGAUGAAGAGCAGUUCACAAUUCAUGAUUUCAAAAGUGCUAUUACACGAGUGUAGUUUUCUCCGAAAUUUCACUGUUCUUCUCAACCUCCCCCAAAAGCACACACAGAAACACACACUUCUUAAGACUUCUUUUCAGAUAAAUUGUUUUUGACAGAAAUUUGCAGGCAUGCACAUUUCAAAAUUAAUGGUCCAUGUUAUGUACCUUAAAGAGAAUUGACAACGUGCUACAGGAAAGAAAAAGGGGAAAGCACUUAGUAUAGCAUUAAUACACAAUAUGAGCUUGUGGGUUGUUAUUUUCAAAACAAAAACCAAAAACUACAGUCCUAUGCCAGGCUGCCAAGUUUAAGGAACAAAAAAGAUCAAAAGAACAAAAAGAACAAAAAAAAAUAUGACAUACAGAAUAAAGAUGAUAUGGGAGAUUGGCAAUGAGUGGGAAAGAGGAGCCUCCUUUAAAUAUCUUUUCACAAAUUAUUUUGCUUGGUUUUUAACCUCCUGACCAAUGUUAGAACAGCACUGUUCCUCCCACCUGUGAAAUAAAUGCCGCUUAAAAUUCAAUCAUAUUUACUUCCUUCUGCAGCUGUAAAAAAAAAACUGCUUAGCGAUUGAGUUUAUUCAGUUUGGCACACAGAGAUAGAUUUGGGGUGACGGGGAAUAGGAGCACUGCUUUAUAAAAAUUGGAAGGAUAAUAGGAGAAAUAUUUGACCCAGUGUUUGAAAGGAGCCGAAUGUCCUGCAAUCCUUUCCUUCAAAUAAAUGACUCUUGAGACUGC